AUGUUGGCCAUGCACCAUCAUGACCCUAGCGGGCCAGAGUUCCGACCCGGCCCCUACUACCAGCGCGACUUCGGCUCCCACUUCCUGCCCGACCCCCGCCUCUGCCACCCGCUCCAGCAACCCCCGGACUACCAGCUCGCCUUCCCGGCGUACCCUCACCCUCUUCUACAACACGAGCCGGUUUCCGGUUACCCGUACCACAACAGACCGGCACCGUCGAAACAGGAUUCGUUCCCGGGUCCGAAACAACACGCUACCCUCCUCUCAUCUACGCAGGAGCAACGACAGGAGAAUCGAGAAGAAGAGGAGUAUGAGGACAUUGAAGACGACGAAAAAAGUUACCUCGACGACGAGGAUCUUCGCAAAACCUACGAGCAGUACCGCCGCCAUGUCCAGCAGCAACAACCGGACGUGACGUCACAGCUGUUGGACUUUGCCUGCAUGGUGAGCUCGGACAUUCAAAAGUUCUUCGGGCGGGCGAAGGACCAGGACGACUCGUGCGACGUGUACGAGGACAAAUGGGCGACAACCCAGUCGGGGAGAGAACUCUACUACGCGGAUUUGUUGCGCAUCGCGCAGGGGGACACGGACCCCGCCAGGAAACCGUCGCCGUCGUCCUCCAACUCCUCACCCCCGGGCAUCAGCCGCGUGCCUCAGUACAGCGGCAGACGUGACCUGUCUAUCGGCAUCGGGCCGUUGAAAGAACUCUUUGACUACGGCCUGCUUAAAGAGAAAACUCACCCGGUUUUGAGGGUCGGGCAAAAAUAUAAUCCACCCCCGGGGUCGGGCCGUGACGUCGUUCCCAUGCAGCAACGGAAAUUCCCGGCCAGUUUUUGGCGGGAACCGAGCAGUUCGGGUUUUACCUGUGGUGACACGAAUCGUCUGGAGGCCACCAUCCCGGCAAGUCAGUUGCCAGAUUUCACGGACUUAAUGGAGAGCUGGCAGGGCGGGGGUGUGGGGGCGCUGAAUGGAUCGGAUAGAAGGUUAAGGUUGUGA